CUAUUCAUUUCUUUAGCUAUAAAACUUUUUAAUUAGCAUUCUCGUAUUUAUCUCCUCCACCAUCUCCCAUUUCAUCACUUUCGCAGUGAUUUAUUACUCUUGUAACUUCAGUUCUGCUUGGAGUCUUCUAGAUCCCCUUGGCAAGCAGAACCAGGGGGUGCCUGGGGUCUCCUGCAGGGGCUGAUCUGAGACCAGUCUAAACCACUCAAAUCCAAUCCUUUAUCACGGUAGGAUCAAAAGUCUGGCCGGGUGCCCAGGGGGUGAGACGGGCAGGAAUGUAGGAGGUACAAGAGUGUGGGCUCUCCAAGUUCAAAACUAAAUACACAGCCGCUUUAAGAGAGACUCACAGUGACAGGCGAGCUGAAGCACGUGUACAUCUACAUAUAGAGAGAAAACUGAGGACAUCUGUCUGCUGAGAAAGAGAGAGACAAUCUUUAAGUACGGUCUGAAAUGAGGAACAUCACGCGUCUCUUUGGGACGACCCGACCUGAAUGGGUCUCCUGUCUACAACUAUUGUUUUUGAUGCCCUUUUGGACCUGUUUAAAAGCACAGCAGUUAAAAAACACUAGAUGGCCACUGUAUUCUGGUAAGCCUUUGCUGUUGGCCUGGAACGCUCCUACUGAAGACUGUAGACCUCGACAUGAUGUCAAAUUCCAGUUGGAUCAGUUCCAAAUAGUGGCGUCACCAAAUGAGGGCUUCACCAAGCAAAAUCUCACCAUUUUCUAUCAUGACCGUUUGGGAUUGUACCCAUACUUUGAGGCAGACAGCACUGCAGUCUAUGGUGGCCUUCCACAGACCGCCAGUCUCACGCAACACCUAGAACGGAUGUCGGAGGGGCUCAAUAAGUAUAUCAAGGACCCGACAGCCAAAGGUCUCGCUGUGAUCGACUGGGAAGAGUGGCGGCCCCUCUGGAAACGUAACUGGGGCACUAAAGACAUUUACCGCGAGCGUUCAAAACAGUUAGUCACUGAGAAAAAUCCAACUUGGUCUCCGGAUCAGGUGGCCAAAGUGGCCCAGCAAGAGUUUGAGCUCUCUGCAAGGAAGUUCAUGUUGGAGACUCUUCGAUUGGCCAAGAGCUUAUGGCCCCAACAGCUUUGGGGGUUCUACCUUUUUCCUGACUGUUACAACCACAAUUACCAAAAUAACCAGAACUACACGGGACGCUGUCCGGAUGUGGAGGUCUCCAGGAACGACGAACUGAAGUGGCUGUGGACGGAGAGUACAGCUUUGUUUCCUUCCAUAUACAUGGGAAAACCGCUGAAGGACAAACUGUCCGGGCGGCAGUUCGUACGGAACCGAGUCAACGAGGGCAUGAGGUUGGCGUCUGUUGGGAACGGGUCAGCCAGACCUGUUUUUGUCUACACACGGCCCACUUACCUAAGCACUACUCCAACUUCUAACGGCAACUCUCCUGAACUCCUGCUGCUGACAGAGAUGGAUCUGGUGUCGACUAUCGGCGAAAGCGUGGCGUUGGGUGUAGCGGGCGUGAUCCUCUGGGGUGACUCCAACUAUGCUAGUAGUCAAGCGGCUUGUUCUAAUCUUAAUGAAUACCUGCGAGGGCCGUUGGGUCGUUACCUGCUAAACGUGACGUCGGCCGCCGAGCAGUGCAGCCGAAACCUCUGUGGAUUCCGCGGUCGCUGCCUUCGCAAACGCUCCGACACGGACACCUACCUGCAUGUCAGUCCAGACACACACCGCAUAGAGCGCCAAGGAAACACGCUUCAGGUUAUUGGCCGGAUGGGACCAGAAGAACUGAGCCGCUUACAGGACGAGUUCCACUGUCAGUGCUACAACGGGUUCUUGGGCGACGACUGUGGCCGAAGUAAGGCUGGGAACAGAGCGACGGUGGUCUGGACCACCUUUAUGCAAGUUCUGCUGUUACCGCUUUUCUUGAUGGGGUUCCUACACUGAGGAGUUCGAUAAAACCGAUUUGAGAACAAACGCCGGACCUUCUCAUCAAGAGAUGCGUGACGUUGACGGCAGGAAGGCCCUUCGUUCGCUAGAAUCGAAAGAGGACACAAUUGGAGCAGUUGAAAACACACAAGCUAACUCUGUGGACUAAAUGUGCAGCACAGUGUGGUUCUGUUCGAGUAGAUCGCCCCCUGCUGCAGGGGAGGCUGAACUGCGGCAGGCAAAAGUAUGUUUGUUUGUUUUUUUAGCUAGAAAUUAUGUUUGUGUGUGAAAGUCUUAUCUUGUUUGUGUGCUUUUUAUUUUAUUUUUUAUAAAUGAUGUGGUGGUUUCAGCUGUAUGGAGCCCCGCACAUAACAUGCGAGGGAAAAAUAUGUAUAUAGUGGCCACAAAUUAACAAUUAACUUACUAAUACAUCAGCACGUUUUACUAAUUUGUUCCCUCAUUUGAAGUAAAUCAUGCGCACAAUAUAAUAAUAAUUCGCUCCCUCGUUUUACUAAAUCGUGGCAACGUUGUAAUUAUUUGUUCCCUUGUUUUAGUUAGAUCAAAACAAGAGAAAUAAUUAGCUCAACUAAAACAAGAAAACGGAUUCUUAAUUUGUGGCCACGAUAUAUAUAUUUGUCUGCAUGUCCUGUGCUGGGUUCCGUAUAGCUGUCAUUCGAGACAUUUUACUACUUUGCCUUCUUUAUACCGGCACAAAACCAGUUGUGACCUUAUUUCUGUUGUGCGUCACAUACCAGCUCCUUAAAAGGGACAAAUGUUGCUACUUGCAACGCUGCUGCCUCCAUUAAAACCUCAUUUGGGCUGAAUGUCAUGAAACCUGUUUUCUGUCUCACAUUUCACCACAAAAUUAAAAGAACCUAGAGAAA